CACAGGAUCGUCGGGGGCCUUGACCUGAAAACUGGGAGCCAGUGACUGGAAGCCAUGGCAGCUGCUGAAAAAGAGGAAAUAAGUGUUGAAGAUGAAGCUGUGGAUAAAAACAUCUUCAAAGACUGCAACAAGAUUGCUUUCUACAGACGUCAGAAACAAUGGCUCUCCAAGAAGUCCCCCUAUCAGGCGUCACUAGACUUGGUCAGAACAGGAAGAAACAGCACCAAGUUCCGACUCAUCAAUGAAACAAAUAAGGUUCCUCUCCUUGCUGAAGUUUAUGGUAUAGAGGGAAAUAUCUUCAGGCUUAAAAUCAAUGAAGAGACUCCCCUAAAACCUAGGUAUGAAGUUCCAGAUGUCCUUACAAGCAAGCCACGCACUGUAAGGUUGAUUGAACACACAGAGGAUAUAGGCAGCCUGGUAUUGGCAGAUGGAAAAGGAGAUUUGAAGUUACAUAUCUCAGCAAACCCAUUCAAGGUAGACUUGGUGUCUAAAGAAGAGGUUGUGAUGAGCAUAAACUCCCUGGGCCAACUGUACUUUGAGCACCUGCAAAGAGCUACCAAAGAAAAUGAGGAUGCAUCUACUGACACCUGUCAGGAAAAUCAAGAGGUUCUAGACCUGUGGGAAGAGAAAUUUGGAAAAUUUGUGGAUAUCAAAGCUAAUGGUCCUACCUCCAUCGGUUUGGAUUUUUCCUUGCAUGGAUUUGAACAUCUCUACGGGAUCCCACAACAUGCAGAAUCACACCAACUGAAAAAUACUGGUGAUGGGGAUGCUUACCGUCUUUAUAACCUGGAUGUCUACGGAUAUAAAAUACAUGACAAAAUGGGCAUUUAUGGCUCAGUGCCUUAUCUCCUGGCCCACAAACUGGGCAGGACUCUGGGCAUUUUCUGGCUGAAUGCCUCAGAAACAUUAGUGGAGAUCAAGACAGAGCCCGAAGUAGAGUACACACUGACCCAGAUGGGCCCAGCUGCUGCUAAACAAAAGGUGAGGUCUAGAACUGAUGUGCACUGGAUGUCAGAGAGUGGAAUCAUUGAUGUUUUCCUGCUGACGGGACCUACACCUUCUGACGUCUUCAAGCAGUAUUCAUACCUUACAGGCACACAGGCCAUGCCCCCUCUUUUUUCCUUGGGGUACCAUCAGUGCCGCUGGAACUAUGAAGAUGAGCAGGAUGUCAAAGCAGUGGAUGCAGGAUUUGAUGACCACGACAUUCCUUACGACGUCAUGUGGCUAGAUAUAGAGCACACAGAGGGUAAAAGGUAUUUCACCUGGGACAAGAAAAGAUUCCCAAACCCUAAAGGGAUGCAAGAGCUUCUCAGGAGCAAAAACCGUAAGCUAGUGGUCAUUUGUGACCCCCACAUCAAGAUUGAUCCUGACUACUCAAUAUACACUGAAGCCAAAGAACAGGGCUUCUUUGUGAGGAAUCAAGAAGGGGGAGACUUUGAAGGGGUCUGCUGGCCUGGUCUCUCUUCUUACCUGGAUUUCACCAACCCCAAGGUCAGAGAGUGGUAUUCUGGUCUUUUUGCUUUCUCCGUUUAUCAGGGAUCUACUGACAUCCUCUACAUAUGGAAUGACAUGAAUGAACCCUCCGUCUUUAGAGGGCCGGAGCUAACCAUGCACAAGAAUGCCAUUCAUCAUGGCAACUGGGAGCACAGAGAACUGCACAACAUCUACGGUUUUUAUCAGCAAAUGGCUACAGCAAAGGGACUGAUACAACGAUCUAGAGGGAAGGAGAGACCCUUUGUCCUUACACGUUCUUUCUUUGCUGGAUCACAAAAGUAUGGUGCUGUAUGGACAGGUGACAACACAGCAGAAUGGAGUUACCUGAAAAUUUCUAUCCCAAUGCUACUCACUCUCAGCAUUACUGGGAUCUCUUUUUGUGGAGCUGAUGUUGGUGGCUUCAUUGGGAAUCCAGAGGCAGAGCUGCUAGUGCGCUGGUACCAGGCCGGGGCAUACCAGCCCUUCUUCCGUGGCCAUGCCACCAAGGACACCAAACGACGGGAACCCUGGCUCUUCGGGCAGGAACACACCCGACUCAUUCGGGAAGCCAUCAGGGCACGCUACACCCUUCUGCCCUAUUUGUAUUCUCUGUUCUACCACGCACACGUGACGUCUGAACCUGUCAUGAGGCCUCUGUGGAUAGAGUUCCCUGAGGAAUUCGAGACAUUUGGUGUGGAAGAUGAAUACAUGCUGGGGAGUGCUUUAUUGAUUCAUCCAGUCACUGAACCAAGUGCCACCAUGGUUGACGUGCUUCUGCCAGGAACAAGUGAGAUUUGGUAUGACUCUAAGACAUUUGCUCUUUGGGAAGGAGCCCAUACUGUGAAGAUUCCAGUCGCCUUGGACACGAUACCAGUGUUUCAACGAGGUGGAAGUAUAGUACCAAUAAAGACAACUAUAGGAAAAUCAACGGGCUGCAUGGUUGAUUCCCCUUAUGGACUCCAGGUGGCUCUAAGCGCUAAGGGUUCUGCUGUGGGUGAGCUGUAUCUUGACGAUGGCCAUUCAUUCCAAUACCUCCACCAGAAGCAAUUCUUACACAGGAAGUUUUCAUUCUGUUCAGGUGUUUUGAUCAACAGCUGUGCGGAUGAGAGGGGUCAUUAUCUCAGCAAGUGUAUGGUGGAGCAGAUCUGGGUCCUAGGCCUCAAGCAGCAGCCAUCUUCUGUGACUACCCACUCACCUGGUAGCAAAGAUCAGCCUGUGGCUUUUACAUAUUGUGCCAGAACAUCCACCCUGAGACUACAGAAGCUCUCUCUGCACAUUGGCGCUGACUGGGAGGUCUUCAUCAAGUGACAGAGCGUGAACCUCGUGACGGGUGCAGGGAGAGCUUGCACCUUCCCGUCUCCCUGGGCCUGUACUGUGCUGCGUGUUAGUUGACUGCCUGCGCUCAAAAUAAUCAGUCAUUAGUUCCGAGUUUACUACUAAAUAAGAGAGUUCAUAUUUUUCAAAUUGUACCUUUUUUAGAUCUACUAGUAACAUACUUAUGACAAAUACAAGUAACCCUGAGACAUUUUAGAGUUAAGGAAUUUUCCACUGUUUCUUGGACAUGGCCCUGUGCUAAGCACUGUGGUUCAGGGAGAAGCUUCUCUGAGCAUUUCUGGAUGGCCUUAUUUUACAUAAGAUAUGGCCAGACCCACGUUGUGUGGCCAUUUGUCAGCGUUUGCCUUGGGUCUUGAAGCAGAAUCACUUUGGUUACAGCCAGAGUUGCUAGAAGCUUAGCUCCAAGUAGACAGGAGCUUCUAUCUCCUCUUGCCCACGUCGUUAUCUUUCUCCCUCUCAGCGGUGAACAAAACAACCUUUUACUGCUUGCACUGCAUGUGCUGCAGCAAUAGGUGGUUAUUCUGCCCUAGAGACAGACUCAGGAGCACAAAGGAUUCUUUUCCCUUUAUUUCAGGCUCUAAAGUUCCAAAUUAACUUUUUAAGUUCUAAUUUCUUUCUUUAAUUGCUUGUAUUAAAUGAUGUCUACUGACCAGGGAGUAUUUGUAACAUGAGUAAGCUGAAAGUUAGAAUAAUAAAAUCAAUAACCACAUCCCCACCACUAAACUUCAGAAGAACACAGAACUAGAGCAAUGGUUAGGCAAUGAGACACUUGCCGCGGGUACAAAAUACAAGACGGUAAAUAAUAUUUUAAUUUUAAUAAAUAAUAUUUUAAUAUACUAUUUUUUAAAUCAAAAGUAACGCCAAAAGCCCACAAUGAACAAAAGGUCAAAAAUUUAAAUAAAGACAGGAUCAGCAUUACUGGACUUUCCUUCUGCCUCAGGCACCAGCAUGGCUUGACGUGGAUUAGGUUUUCAGGAUGCUCCUUGCUCCCUGCCUCUCUGUCCUUAGCACAGUUCAACAUGUACGUUUUCUCAUCAAGUUUCCUCCAUAAAUUUCCAGCCGUCACCUCUGUGCCUUCUGUUCCCUGGCACUCAGUAUACCCCUGCCGCUCUUCUACCUAUGCAAUUAUUACCAUCUUUCCAGGCCCAUCUCAAAUUCCACUCUUCCAUGAAGUGUUCCUACUACCCUAACACCUUUACCCUCCCCCAACACCCACAAGCAGUAAUUUGCUCUCUUCUAAACUGCUGACUUUCCCCUUAUACUAGCAUUCUCAGGGAUAGCCCUUUCAGGUUUGUGCAUGCCUUAUUUGUCUUACAUCUGCUAGAGCACCCCUGCCUUUCAGUAACUAUUAACUAUUGUUAGUUAGCUGAUGGAUUUGACUGAAUAAAAAGUGACAAUUGAGGAUGCAUUUAUUCCUGAUUUGUUUUUCUGACAUUGUAUUCUUCCCUCCAAGUACAGUAAACAUUGGGCACUUUUCAGUGUAUCAGCUAAGAUUUGAACUUUGUGCCACAGAGAAGCUCACAUAGACAUAUGCAUAUUCUUUCUUCCUGUUUCUGUAAGUUUUGCUACUAAAGAGAAAGGAAGAAACCUACAUUAGUUGAUAUCAUAUUUUCCAGCUUUAAAGUUCCCUUGCCAACCAAAUCAGGCAACCUGAAAACUGGGUGCUUUUACAUAAUGUAAGUGAUGCUGAAUGUUUUAUAUAACAUUUAAAGUUAAAUAAUAAAGCCCUAUCUUUGGGUCACCAUCUACUGCAUAUAUUCUUCAUUUUAAAUAUUUUUGGAGGAAGGAAUAAAAUGAGAUAGGAGAAAUCUAUACUGAAACAUUUGACCAAAGACAUUGAGUGGCAAGAGGUAUGGUCUAGGUAUUUUUCAUUGUUCUCUGCUCUCACUGUUUCUUACAUCUCAUCCAUCUGCUGUUUCUGAAUUUAUGUACCAGAGAGCUAUGGGGGCUGAACUGGCCUACACAUGUUCAGUUAUCUUGUGUGAAUAAUUCAUGAUAAGGUUUUUCAAAAAUCUGGAUUGUAUAUAAGAUAUUAGAGUCAUUUCAACAGGCAUUCAAACAAAGCUCUAAAAUAGAUACAUACUGUAGUUUGCUUUCAAGGCUUAGGCUGAAGAAUGAAUUUACAAAACAGAAACUGGCCAAAAGAAAUAUGAGCAUGGAAAAGUCACAAAAGAAAGUAAAAUAGACAAAAUAAGCAUGAAACAUACUCAUUCUCAUUAAUAAUCAAAGAAAUUAUUUCCCCCCAAUUAGCUAAGAUUAAAAAGAGGGAAAAUAUCCAAUGCUAUUGUUCGUGUGGGGCAUAGGGGUUCUUGUACAUAAUUGGUGGAAUUAUAAAAAAGUACAAUCUCUCAGGAUAGCAAUCUGGCAAUAGUAUCAAGAUUUUAAAUUUACAUACUCUAACCUAACAGCUGCACAUUUGCUAAAAGAAUAGUCACUUAUGGGCC